AUGGGAAUCUGGGAUGCUCUCAUACACACGCAUAUCGACGUAGUCGGCACGUGGCUGGGCCCAUCGAUGACAUCGUUUAAUGCUGUCGAUAUGCUGACGUGAGUCACGUGACAACUUCUUGCGUCAACGGACUCAGCGACAUCGCAAAUUAUACAUAAAUCCUCCUAAUUCAUCUUCAUUUCACUCGUCUCCUCGCCUCUUCUCGUUCACUUCUCUGUUCCCUUCGCUGCCUGCCAUGGCGGAUAUGCUUCUCUCGAUCGGGGAGCACGACACCAUGCCCAGAAACUACGUGAGGCCGGAGAACGAACGACCCCACCUCGACAACGUCAUCGCCGACGCGAACAUCCCCGUCGUCGAUUUCGGCGCCUCCGACAAGUCCCAAAUCAUCUCCCAAAUUGAGAAGGCUUGUCGACUAUACGGCUUCUUUCAGGUCGUCAAUCAUGGAAUCGCCGCCGAAUUGAUCAAGAAGGUGCUGGCCAUCACCCUGGAGUUCUUUCGCCUCCCGCCGGAGGAGAAAGCGAAGCUCUACUCCGACGAUCCCACCAAGAAAAUUCGCCUGUCCACGAGCUUUAAUGUGAGGAAGGAAACGGUUCACAACUGGAGAGACUACCUCCGCCUUCAUUGCUACCCGCUCGAGGAAUUCGUCCCCGACUGGCCUUCCAAUCCAUCCUCGUUUAAGGAUGUGUUUGGCAGUUACUGUAAGCAAGUUCGCCAGCUUGGAUUCCGAAUUCUCGGAAUCAUAUCGUUGAGCUUAGGAUUGGAGGAGGAGUACCUGGGCAGAGUGCUGGGGGAGCAAGAACAACACAUGGCUGUAAAUUAUUACCCGAAGUGUCCGGAGCCGGAGCUCACCUACGGCCUGCCGGCGCACACCGACCCCAACGCCCUCACCAUUCUUCUGCAGGAUCCCUACGUGUCCGGCUUACAGGUUCAAAAAGACGGCAAAUGGAUCGCGGUGGAUCCCAAACCCAACGCAUUCGUCAUCAACAUCGGGGACCAGCUACAGGCAUUGAGUAAUGGUAGGUACAAGAGUGUGUGGCAUCGAGCUGUGGUCAACUCAAACAAGGAAAGGAUGUCAGUGGCGUCCUUCCUCUGCCCCUGCAACAGCGUGCUCAUCAGCCCUCCCGAGAAGCUCAUCGCCGACGGCAGCCCAGCCGUCUACCGGAGUUACACCUACGACGAGUACUACAAGAAGUUCUGGAGCAGGAACCUCGACCAAGAGCACUGCCUCGAACUCUUCGAAAGGGAAAGGGAAACCUGCCCCAACUCUCCCACCGUAUAAUGUUUCAACCUGGUUUAGUGUAGUAGUGUCCUUGUUUUUUUUUUUUUCCAUAUAUAUUAAACCAGCACUGCUUAGAUCUGUUGGUGUAUGAUUGAUUGUUUGUCUUUGGAACUUGUCAUCUUGCUUCU